AUCCUCAACUGUCAUCAACACACUUACCAGCAGUGUGGAGGGAGGUCAGAGAUGAAGAUUCAACUAAGCUACCAAAAAGUAAACACAAUGAAAAGGAGCCAAAUGCGACUCUGGUUUUUCAUAUAUCUGCAGUGUUUCCUUCCUGGCAAUUUAGUUGACUCUUCGGCUCUGCCCUCUGGCGCCCAGCCAGUUCCCGUCAUAUCCAUGGCGGGUAGUGAGGUGGUCCUUCCCUGCAGCUGGAAGGACACCCAGGCAAAGACGAACCCGUCCGCCUGCCACGUCCAGUGGAUGUCUCCUCCACACACCGUAUUUGAACAGCUUGGAGAAGACAAGUGGCAGGCGGCAGAGUUUGAGGGCCGUGUCGAGGUUCCUCAGGAGAACCUCCUUUCUGGGGAUUGUUCCCUGAUCAUCCGGGAUGUUCAAAUUCGAGACACGGGGAAAUAUGAGAGCUUCAUAUUGGUGGAUGGAGCGAAAGCCAGAAAUAGCCGGGUCUUCGUUCAGAGCGUCAAAUUAUCUGUAACUGACCACAAAACCCGGGAGCUUCGAAUGCCAGGUGAAGACCUGGUUUUGAAGCUCUACACAUCCCACUCAUAUGCAGUGGUCUUCCAGAGCAGGAACAGUUCAGAGUGGGUGAACUUGUGGAAGAGGGGCGAUGAAAACACCGAACGCCUGGAAAAGCAUCCACAGCUGGAGCAGUUAACGAUAAAGAAUCUACAAAGCUCAGAUGACGGAUUAUACAAAGUUUUGGAUGAAAACGACCUCUGCGUCAGCACCGUGCAGCUCAUGGUAGAAGAGAAAGGGUACUCUUUCAGGGUCAAUAAAAAGCAGGAAAAUAUUCCAACAGAUGCUACAGGUAAAAGGAGCUACUCAGCUCUUCUCCUCUUGUCUGCUCUGCUCUCAUGUCUCCACGUUUUUCAUCUUCACUGAGACAUUUGUUUUCUGCCGAGUAACUUUCUGAACAACUACAGAACAUGCAGAGUUUUGCACUUUAUGCUCAACAGACAGUUGAUUUGGACAUGAACAAGUCUUGUGUGUUGAAUGGAUGUGUUCAAGCAUAAUUUCAUUAGGAACGUUUGCAGCUGUAUCAACAGGCCUUGCUCUCCUGGCUAUGAUUGUAAUCCCCAAAGGUGACAGUCGGGUUGUUCCGGUUCUGAUGCCCAACAAUUAAAAGGUGUUUCUGUGUUUAAAAAAAAA